CUCUCUCUCUCUAAAAAGCAAACAAAGCCACAAAACCUCUUUUUGUUAUUGUUUGUUUUCUUCCUAGCUAGCGAUAUGUGCAUCAACGUUAACGUUGCCGAAAACAAGAGGAAGCUUUAAUUUGCUAGGUUUUGUUGAAUUGUUUGUAGAGAUAUUUUCUUUACUUUUGUACCUGGAAGCAAAAUAAAAUGGCAUCACCAUCUGAACUGAGCCUUGAAUGCAAACCACAUCUCAACACCUAUUCUAUGCUCUUAAAAUCAUUUGGAGAUCAUCACCAAGCUGCCGAUAAAACCCAAAGGCUGGAAGAGGUCCUUGCUUGUCUCGAGGAAGAACGACUCAAGAUCGAAGUUUUCAAGCGUGAGCUUCCCCUUUGCAUGCAACUUCUCACCAAUGCUGUGGAGGCUUCAAGGCAGCAGCUACAAGCGUCUAGAUCAGCAAAUCAAGGGCCAAGACCAGUUCUUGAAGAAUUCAUACCCCUCAAGAACUCUGCCCCUCAUGAAGCCUCAGAUAAGUGUUCAAACACUUGUUGUGAUAAGGCCAACUGGAUGACAAGUGCUCAAUUGUGGAGCCAGCCUGCGGCAGCUGAUCAUAAUCAUGCAACUAAACCAGAAUCCACAAUAACCUCUUCCACUCCUACUUCUUGUAAAGAAAAUGACGCUAGUAUUGGCUUCAAUGUCCUAAGUCCAAAUCUAGCCUUGGACACCAAAACCAGAAAUGGAGGAGGAGGAGCUUUUCUUCCAUUCUCCAAAGAACAACAAAGGAACGCAACAUUGCGGUCUCUCAGUGAUUUGGCUCUUGCUUCUGCUGACAAGGAGACUGAUCAUCAGGUAAAGGCCAACAAGAUAUGCACUACUAGUACUGAAAAUGAAAACAAUAUUAAUAAUGGAAUCAGAGAAAGCUCUUCUGCUGCUAAGUUUGCCAACAAUGAACAAGGAAAAGAAUCCUCUAUUACUACUACUACUCAAACCACUCAUAGAAAAGCUAGAAGGUGCUGGUCACCGGACUUGCACCGUCGAUUCGUCAAUGCACUCCAGAUGCUCGGUGGCUCUCAAGUGGCUACACCAAAACAAAUCAGGGAAUUGAUGAAGGUUGACGGUUUGACCAAUGAUGAAGUUAAAAGCCAUCUGCAGAAAUAUAGGCUCCACACUCGACGACCCAGUCCAAGCCCACAGGCAGCAGGGGCCCCAGCACCUCAGCUUGUGGUCCUAGGUGGCAUCUGGGUCCCACCUGAGUAUGCCACAGCAGCAGCACACAGUGGGGCCCCCUCACUCUACGGCGCAAGCCCUGCUUCCCAUCCGCCGCCACACUUCUGUGCCCCUGUACCACCCGUGCCGCAAGAUUUCUACACAGCCGCAACACCGACAACGGCGCCCCACCUCCUCCACCACCACCAGCAGCAUCAGCAUCAGCUCUACAUGUACAAGGCCACCUCACAGACCACCCAAAGCUCUCCAGAAUCUGAUGCGAGGGGCGCAGGAGAGCGGUCUGAGAGCAUUGAGGAUGGCAAGUCGGAGAGCAGUAGUUGGAAGGGUGAGAGCGGUGAAAAUGGUGGUGGAGAAAGAAGAGGCUUGGCUGCGCUCAGGGUAGAUGGCGGUGGAGAUAGCAAUGCAAGUGAAAUCACUCUCAAGUUCUAACUAUCACACUUAAUUUUAUUGUUAGGUUAGGGUUUAGGGACCGUCUACUGCAUGUCUACCAAUUCUUCUUUUGUUUAAUUCUAUUAUUAUUAUUUUCAUGUGAAAAUUUAAAAUAGAGUUUUUUUUAAAUGAAAAAAGUCGGUGUUUGUUUUAUUUACUUUUCUCUCUUUUUCUUAUACAAAUCAUAUAUAACAUAUAGACGUAAAAGAGGGUAUUGACGUUUCUAUUGUAUCAUGUGUCCCAUUUCGAGACUCUAA